AUGGCGCUGGUCGAUAGGAGACAAUGCGCUGCCGCCGGCGAUGGCGAGGUCUACCUCCGGCUCAAGGCCUUGGAGGACGAAAUCAGGUACCGCGACACCCGAUUAGAGUGCAUGGAGACGGAGAUGAGAUUCGCGCGGCGCCAGAUCCUUUUCGCGAGUGAAGAGCUAGCGAUGCUUCGAUCCGUGCCGCUUAUGCUGGGGCUCUUGAUGGAGGUGAUCGAUGGGGAUCAUGCGAUUGUCUUGUGGAAUAACACGCCGCGGUAUGUUCGGAUCCAGAGCAUCGUCAACAGGGAGCUUCUCAAGCCCGGGAGCUCGGUUGCUCUCCACACGCACUCGUUUGCUCUCAUGGAUGUUCUUUCAUUGGAGGUGAACUCUUCGGUGACGCUCCUCACGGAUCCUCUCAGGCCGGACGUCACGUAUGCGGAUAUCGGGGGAUUGGAAGUCCAGAAGCAAGAGAUUCGAGAAGUUGUGGAGCUUCCACUGACCCAUCCCGAGCUGUACGCGCAACUCGGAGUUGAUCCGCCCAAGGGGGUUUUGUUGUAUGGUGCUCCGGGAACUGGCAAAACCAUGCUCGUCAAGGCCGUGGCGCAUCACACCUCCGCUGCUUUCAUCCGGGUUGUGGCAUCGGAGUUUAUUCAAAGGUACCUUGGAGAGGGUCCACGGAUGAUGCGCGAUGUUUUCAAGCUUGCCAAAGCAAAUGCGCCGGCCAUCAUCUUCAUCGAUGAAGUGGAUGCCAUCGCCACUGCUCGUUUUGAUUCUCAAAAUGGUGCAGACAGGGAAGUGCAGCGGAUUUUAAUGGAGCUUCUUACUCAGUUGGAUGGAUUCGAUCAAAGUCUCAAUGUGAAGGUUAUCAUGGCUACAAAUCGUGCCGAUACUUUGGACCCUGCUCUACUGAGGCCUGGACGACUCGACAGGAAGAUCGAGUUCCCCUAUCCAGAUAAGCGAGAGAAGCGACUCAUUUUCCAGGUUUGCACGUCCAAGAUGAACCUCAGCGAUGAAGUUGAUUUGGAGGACUUUAUUUCGAGGCCGGACAAGAUCACGGCAGCCGAAAUAUCAGCCGUUUGCCAGGAAGCUGGGAUGCAAGCAGUGCGAAAGAACCGAUACGUAGUUCUUGCCAAGGACUUCGAGAAGGGGUAUAAAGCCAAUGUGAAGAAAUCCAGCAAGGAGAUGAGCUUUUACCAGUAGAACUUGAGUGGUAUGCUCUG